UGGCUUUGGUCUGUCUGUCUGGUUUCGACAACCUUCCAUGGUAAUAGUUGUUUACUUGAACGGCGCACGUGGAUAGUUUUAAAGCAGCGCUUUGUGAGAUGUUAUAAGCUGUCAAAUUUGUUUCAUUGUUCCAUAUAUUACUGUGUAUUUUAAUUUUCGUGCUACACUAUGGUGUUUUAUUUUACUAGCAAUGUAGUCACACCUCCUGCUACAAUAUACAUGGGACUGGACAAACAUGAAAAUGAAGAUUUGAUAAGAUGGGGUUGGCCUGAAGAUAUAUGGUUUCAUGUUGAUGAUAUGUCAUCUGCCCAUGUCUACUUACGAUUAGAAAAGGGAAAGAGUAUAAAUGAUAUUCCUUUGCCAUUAUUACAAGACUGUGCACAACUUGUUAAAGCUAACAGUAUUCAAGGUAACAAAAAGAACAAUGUUGAUGUUGUAUAUACAGAAUGGUCGAAUUUGAGAAAGACUGCUGCAAUGGAGGUUGGCCAAGUCAGUUUUCAUAAUCCUAAGUUGGUAAAAGUCAUUAAAGUAGAAAAGAGACUGAAUGAUGUUGUUAAUAGGCUUAAUAAAACAAAAGUGGAACGAUUUCCGAGUCUUCAAUCAGAAAGGGAAGAAAGAGAUCGCUUAGAGCGAGCAGAAAUGAAGCAGGUUAUGAGGAAGGAAAAAGAAAGCCAAAAGAUAGCUGCGGCCAAAAAGGAAGAGGAAGCUAAAUUAAAGGAUUAUUCUUCUCUUAUGAAUAGAAAAAUGCAGUCAAAUCAG